UCUCUUCUUCUUUAAAACCCAUCCAUGAAUUAAACAUACACUCUGCUAAAGAAAAAGCUUAGAGCACUUUGCCAUUUUUCAUUUCCCAUUUCCAUGGCGGCUCAAACCAUGUUACUUACUUCUGGUGUGUGCGUCGGCCAUGGCGUGGGUGUUAAGAGAGAAUUAAGGCUUAGACCUAACGCCCAAUUUAGUCGCCUCUUUUUUAAUCCCCUGCCUUCCCACUCUGUUUCUUUGCCGGCGCGUGGAUUCACCACUCUUGCCGUGUUUAAAUCCAGAACCAAAGCGCCGCCCAAGAAGGUUUCGAAGCCGAAGCAGAAGGUUGAAGACGGCAUUUUCGGGACUUCCGGUGGCAUUGGUUUCACUAAGCAGAAUGAACUCUUCGUCGGCCGUGUUGCCAUGAUCGGCUUUGCUGCAUCACUAUUGGGAGAAGCGAUCACCGGAAAGGGAAUUCUCGCACAACUGAACUUGGAAACUGGAGUUCCGAUCUACGAAGCGGAGCCUCUUCUUCUCUUCUUCAUUUUAUUCACUCUUCUCGGAGCCAUCGGAGCCCUAGGAGACCGUGGAAAAUUCAUCGACGAUCCAGAACCCGCCACCGGAUUGGAACGUGCAGUCAUCCCUCCCGGAAAGAACUUCAGAUCGGCGCUAGGUCUCAAAGAAGGAGGUCCGUUGUUCGGAUUCACGAAGGCAAAUGAACUGUUCGUCGGAAGAUUGGCGCAGCUAGGGUUUGCGUUUUCGCUGAUCGGAGAGAUUAUUACAGGAAAAGGAGCGUUGGCGCAGUUGAAUAUCGAGACGGGAGUGCCGAUUAAUGAGAUCGAGCCCCUGGUUUUGUUGAAUGUUGUGUUCUUCUUCAUUGCUGCUGUGAAUCCUGGAACUGGUAAAUUCGUAACCGAUGAAGAAGACGAUGAAUGAAGGAAGAGAUGGAUUAUGCUUUUACUUUUCUCUGUACAUGAACUUAGCAAAUCCGCGUGUUCCUUCUCUUCGGGCUUGUGCUAUUAUAACAACAUGUUUAUUCUGUUUGAGCACCCAAAAAAACAACGAAAUCAUGUGAAGUUUAGGAAAAUAUGAGUCUUUUUUUGCUAUUUAAUAUGCUGUUACUUUUUCUGA